AUGGCGACUCGCGUUACCGCGCCGCUGGCCUCGCUGCUGUUACUGCUUUUAGGUGCACACAACGCGGCUGCAGCAUGUACGAACGUGACAAUGUUCUCCAUCCAGUUGGAUACAUUGUUGGCAGAGUAUGACCGCGAGGCGAUGCCCAGCUCGCGCGUGGUGGUAGAACUCUCUCUGGACGUACGACAUGCUACCAUCAACGAGCAGACAUCUUCCGCCCGGAUGCUGGCCGACUUGAAGAUGAGUUGGGACGACAAGCGCUUGACAUGGAACGCAUCGGACUGGGGUUGUGACAAUGCUCUGGUGUCUGCUGAACGCCUUUGGCUUCCCGAUGUAGCCCUCGUGAGCGCAGCCACAGAAGGAGCUGAAACUGAGGGACAACGUGCCCGAAUAGUCUCCAAUGGUCGAGUUUCAUGGACCUCCAGAUUGGACCUCUCUGCGCCUGUGGCCUUAAAACUCGAUGCCUGGCCUCGAGAUGUGCACACCAUCGUGUUCAAGUUUGCUUCCAGAGACCAUGAUUCAGAUCAGAUAGAUUUGUCCUUGAGGGAAGAUGAACACGUGACGGUAUUCGAAUCGGGUGCGUGGGAGCUGGAGGGCGUUUCGCGGUCAUCUCAGAUGUGGUUACGAGAAGGCAGAGAGCGGCAGCUAGCAACCUGGAAGUUAGCGUUGAGGAGGAGGGCACCGGCGCACUCCGUGGCCACUGCCUUCGUAUUGGCUGCCUGCGUUCUGCUCUUGUUGGCCGCGCUGCCAUUACCACUCAGCGAACGAUCUCCACUCUUUGCGUGCACCUCCUUCACUGCUGCGCUAUGGCUGAUGUCGGCGCUGACGCGGGUUCCCGGCGGCGCGACCACCCCGCGCGCGGUGUCGGCGCUGGGCGCGCUGUGCGCGUGCGGCGGCGCGGCGGCGCUCUGCGCGGCGCUCCUCCGCCGCAUGACCGCCGCGCGCGCGCCGCCCCCGCCCCGCCGCUUGCGCGCCUGCCUCUCCGCGGCCGCGCAGCUCUGUGACCUUACGCCACAGGGCACAUCGAGCGCCGAGUGCAGUGCGUGGGCAGCGGCGGCCCAACUGUUGGACUACGUGCUACAGGCGGCACUUGUACUUACUGUUUUCGUUAUAAUCUGCGUCUACGUGUAG